UCCACCUCUAGCCCUAUAGUACAAAACACGCAAAAAGUUUUAUAUUACGGAAAAUUCACAGAAAAGUGCAACAAGUUGACACUUUUAUGCAAUAAAACGUUAAUUGUUGUGGGAGUAAACCAAUUGGCAAUAACUUAUCAGUCGAAAACAUAAGCAAAGUAAUGCAGAUCGCAGCUGAUUGGGAAACAGCUGGCAGCGCAGUACCGGAAAUAUUGCAACGGCUGCAAGUCUUAUAACCCGGCGUAAAAAAGUAUCCAGUAUUUUAAAGCCCCCAAAUGUUGGUUAAGCCCUUCAAUUGAGAUUGAAUGAUCAAAAGGCGGACGAAAUGGCUGCAGCGAAGGAAUCUUUUCGCGAGCGACAGAUCCAGGAAUUGGAGGUUAUAAAGUCCAUCUUUGGCGGCGAUGUGGAGGACCUAAGACCCCAGGCGAAUUCUACGCUUUGGAAGCCCACGGACGUUAGGAUACAGCUCACCCCGCUGAGGGAUUCCUCCAAUGGACUGGAGGCCUACGUCUGCACCAAACUGCAUGUCACCUGUCCCUCGAAAUACCCAAAAUUGCCCCCUAAAAUUUCUCUCGAGGAGUCCAAGGGCAUGUCGGAUCAGCUGCUGGAGGACCUGCGCAACCGACUGCAGACCCAGUCCCAGGAGCUGCGCGGCGAGGUGAUGAUCUACGAAUUGGCCCAGACCGUGCAGGCCUUUCUGCUCGAACACAACAAGCCGCCCCAGGGCUCCUUCUACGACCAAAUGCUGCAGGACAAGCAGAAGAGGGACCAGGAGCUGCAGGACAUGCAGCGCCAGCGCGAAUUCCUGCAACGACAGACGCUCAUCGACGAGGUGGAGCGUCGCAAGGAGAUGUUCAAGACAGAGGCCAAGAGACGCGGCGAACCGAGGCGCAGCAUGAGCGAGUCCAAUCCGCGGCAUCCCAGCUCCUCGGAGAGCUCCGAAAACUCAUCGCCCUACUAUCGUGGUCACAUCUACUCCUCCAAGUGCCUGGAUCACCGCAACACGGAGACGCUCUAUUUCCACAAGAUGGGCAGGCAAAUUCAGCGGGGCAGCUGUGUGGGCCACUCCCAACGUGGGUGCAUUGCCUACACCGGCAUAGACAUGCACUGCGGCCAGUUGCUCUACAUCACCGAGUGGAACAUCAAGUACGGCCAACUGGAGCAGCCCUGCAGCGGCGGUGGAAAGUGUCACUGGGGCAGCGAGCUAAAGUGCCUGGGCAGUCAUCGUGUAGACGACGUUAUCGCCUCCAUUGAGCGGCAGGUGGCCGCGUUAGCCCAGUUGCAGCACAAGAACCUCGUCUCUUACGAAUGCGUGCUCUGCAUCAAGCGCAAGGAGGGAUUACUUGUGUACUUGGUGCAGGACUUCCUACUCGGCACCAGUGUCUUUAGCAUCUCCUCCUCGCUGGGGUGGUGCAUGGAUGUGGAUGGCGCACGAGUGGUGGCCCGUGGCGUGCUGGAUGCUCUGGUUUUCCUGCACAACAAGGGUGUGUCCCACAGCCAUUUGCUGGAUAGCACUGUUUUUAUGGACAACACGGGCAUUGUGCGCGUCUCGGACUUUUCGCUGGUGCCCAAUCUUCUGGAGCUUCUCAGCGGAGCGGGACAAAGCAGCAGUCGCGGAGAUCUGCCCGCCCUAGGUGCCCUAGUGGAGAGCCUGCUGCCCACCAACAGCUACGAGAUGCGGGACUUUGUGGACAAAUGCAACUCUGACCGCACGCUUUCCGCUUCGGAGCUCCUGGAGCAUCCAUUCCUGCGGUUCUAUGUGGACAAUGGCCAGCAGCAGUUAAUGCAAUUACCACAGCAGCGACAUCCCAUUCCAGUUCAGCGCACGGGACCCGCCAUGCCCUAUCAGAUACCUACACUGGCUUUGAGUCAAUCCCGCCUGCGAACCGAGUUUGAAGUACUCAUGUACUUGGGCAAAGGGGCCUUCGGAGACGUUUUAAAGGUGCGCAACAUUCUGGACAACCGGGAGUACGCCAUUAAGCGGAUACCACUGCCCGCGAGGAGUCGCCAGUUGUACAAGAAGAUGACGCGCGAGGUGGAGCUGCUUUCGCGGCUGAAUCACGAGAAUGUGGUGAGGUAUUUCAACAGUUGGAUAGAGAGUGUCGAUGAUGCAGAUGCGGCGGAGAUGGACAAGUUGCUGGGUGGCGAGUGGUCGCAGAGUCAGCAGGAGCUCAGCGUUAAGCCAGCCAAGUCGCCGCAGCUUGGUCCCACUUUGGAGGAGGAUGAGGACGAGGAUGACAGCUCGUCCAGCAUGUGGAAUGGUUACAUACCCACCAUGGAGGAUUCCGAUUCGGAUGGCAUCGAGUUCGUGGACUCCGAUGGCAAGGUGGCUGUCUACGAUGACGAGGAGCAGGAAGACUCCAUCCAAGGCAAGACCAACUCGCCCAGACCUUUGAUGCAAGUCAUGUACAUCCAGAUGGAGUUCUGCGAGAAAUGCACACUGCGCACCGCCAUCGAUGACAAUCUCUUUAACGACACGGAUCGCUUGUGGCGUCUGUUCAGGGAGAUCGCCGAAGGCCUUUCGCACAUCCAUCAGCAGGGAAUCAUCCAUCGUGACCUCAAGCCGGUGAACAUAUUUUUGGACUCGCACGAUCAGAUCAAAAUCGGAGACUUUGGCCUGGCCACCACAAGUUUUCUGGCUUUGCAGGCCCACGAGUAUGCGGCACCAGUUCCAGUUAACCAGAUAAUCAGCGCGGAGGAUGGCACUGGCACGGGAAAGGUGGGCACUACGCUCUACGUGGCUCCCGAACUCACAGGCAACGCCUCCAAGUCCAUUUACAACCAAAAGGUGGACAUGUACACUCUGGGCAUCAUUUUGUUCGAGAUGUGCCAACCUCCCUUCGACACAAACAUGGAACGGGCUCAGACUAUAAUGGCCCUACGGAAUGUGUCCAUCAACAUACCGGAAACAAUGUUAAAAGAUCCCAAAUACGAGAAGACAGUGAAGAUGCUUCGCUGGCUGCUCAAUCACGAUCCCGCCCAGCGACCGACGGCCGAGGAGCUUCUGGUCUCAGACCUGGUGCCACCCGCCCAACUGGAAGCCAAUGAGCUCCAGGAGAUGCUGCGUCACGCCCUUGCCAAUCCGCAGAGCAAGGCAUACAAGAACCUGGUGGCCAGAUGCCUGCAGCAGGAGAGCGACGAGGUGCUGGAGCACACCUACCAUUUGGGCAGCAGUCGGGCGAUGAAAUCCUGGAACUCGGCCAUCAUAAUCGACGAUAUAGUGUCUCUGAAUCCCGUAAUUGAGUUUGUCAAGGCGAAGGUCGUAAAUCUCUUCCGCAAGCAUGGAGCCAUCGAAGUGGACUCGCCACUGCUAUCGCCACUUUCCGCGAGGAACAUCAAGGCCAAUGCGAAUGCGAAUGCCGUGCACCUGAUGACCCACUCCGGUUGUGUGGUGGUGCUGCCAUGCGAUUUGCGCACCCAGUUCGCCCGCCAUGUGACCAUGAACGGCGUAAAUCUCAUCCGGCGCUAUUGUGUGGACCGUGUUUAUCGCGAGGAGCGGGUGUUCAACUUCCAUCCCAAGCAGAGCUACGAGUGCUCCUUCGACAUCAUUGCGCCCACAUCUGGCAGCAACCUGGUGGAUGCGGAACUCCUAUCGUUGGCCUUUGAGAUUACCAGCGAACUGCCGCGUCUGCGGGAAAAGAAUCUGGCAAUCCGCAUGAACCACACGAAUCUUCUGAGGGCCAUCCUCAUCUUCUGCAAUGUGCCCAAAGCGCAGUAUGGAGCUCUGUUCGAGGGCACCAUGGACUUUAUCGAAUCUCGCAUCUCCCGCUUCCAAUUCCACUCGAGCAUCACGGGCAUUAUGGAGAAGUCGCGCACCUCUGCGCAAACCCUGAUGGACAUGUUGUUGGCCAACUUUCUGUUGACUGGCUCCCGCAGCACGGUGGACGAUUCGGCUCUGAAGUCCCUGAUGCGCGGAAAGGGAGAAGCAGCUUCGCUGGCGAGAGGAGCUCUGAGAGAACUCGAAACUGUUGUGGGAUUAGCCUACAGUCUAGGCGUAAAGUGCCCCAUUCAAAUUUGGGCUGGUCUUCCCAUUAGCUUCGAUCGUGCCAGCAGCGGUGGCAUCGUGUGGCAGAUGACCGCCGACCUUAAGCCCAAUCGCUCUGGCCAUCCUUCGAUUUUGGCGGUGGGUGAGCGGUACGAUGCCAUGCUGCACGAGUUCCAAAGGCAGGCGCAGAGCUUUAAUCCCGCCCUGUCCGCACGUGGUGAGCUCAGUGGGGCAGGCCUGUCCUUUUCCCUGGACAAACUGGUGGCUGCCGUGGGUGUGGAGUACGCCAAGGAUUGCCGGGCCAUCGACGUGGGCAUUUGUGUGUGCGGAACUCGUCCGCCCCUCAAGGAUGUGACCUACAUUAUGCGCCUGCUCUGGUCCGUGGGCAUCCGAUGCGGCAUUGUGGAGGCCUCCAGCGAACUGGGCGAUGAGGCACAGGACCUGGCGCGGCUAGGAGCCUUGCAUGUCAUCCUGGUGGCCGAGAAUGGCUCGCUGAAAGUGAGAUCCUUUGAGCGGGAACGCUUCCAGGAGCGGCAUCUAACGAGAACCGAGCUGGUGGAGUUCAUUCAGAAGCUGAUAAGGACAGAAGCGAUAAGCGGAGCCGCCGUAGACAACCCCAACCAACUGUCCAACUUGAGUGCCGGCGACAGCAACAGGAGCAGUGGUGGCCGGGAAAGGGAGAACGGACUCAGCACCUCCGCCUCGAAUGUCAGCAUCAAGAACAGCUACAGCCAGCUGCCGAAUCUACAAGUCACCUUCCUUACCCACGACAAGCCAACGGCCAACUACAAGCGACGUCUGGAGAACCAGGUGGCCCAGCAGAUGAGCUCCACUCUGGCGCAGUUCCUCAAGAAGGAAACCUUCGUGGUGGUGGUGGUGGAGUUGCCGCCGGCGGUCGUAAAUGCCAUUGUGGGGGCCAUCAAUCCCCGAGAAAUACGCAAAAAAGAGACUGAACUGGAAAUUAACUUUGUGAUCGAGCGAUUUCCAAAAUACAAACGCUAUAUAUCCGAGAUAAACGACGAGGUUGUGGACUUUCUGACCGAUGCCAAGACUCCAAUAGUGGCCUUGUACAGCAUUUCCGAUUCCUACUACCGCGUCAUCAUCUAACCCACGCCAAAUGCAUAGAAUCGGCGGGACUACUUAGUAGAGUGUCACAAACUAAUUCUGCCUUAUUGGAUUAUAUUCCGAUGCCAUUUAACUUUUUCGAAUCAAAAUUCGUUUUUAUAAGUUCAGUUAUGAGAUUGUUACUUUUCUGAUGGUUGAACUCUAACUAAAGGAACAUGGUUCUGCCAAUUCAUUAAAUGUCUGUUAAGUGAGAGCUCUAAAUAAUAAGCUUUAAGAUUAAAUCUUACUUGGUUAAAAGUAUGCUGUUCGCGCCUAAGACAAAAGAAUAGUUGCAAGUUUAAAAACAUAUGCUAGUUCAAUUUAUAGAAAUAUAUAUUAACAACACA